ACCUAACUAAACUGUCAGUAGUGUCAGUUCAAAAGUUAACGGCUUUGUUUAGUUUUCGAUGCUUAAUAUUCAACUGUUUUUUUGUUUAUUUGAUUGAACUUGGUGUUCUAAAUUUGAGUUAUUAUAUAAUCAUUUGUUUAAAGUAAUGUCUCAACAGCAGACGAAAAAUUGUAUAACGCUUCGGGGUUCAGCACAAAUAUUGUGUGAAUAUUUAAAUUAUGCCAUAAAUUCAGUACUAUUUCAACGUGGUUUAUAUCCACCGGAAACGUUUAAGGCGGCUCAACAAUACGGAAUUACUUUACUCCUUUCUGAAGAUCCACAAAUCAAGAAUUUUCUUACAAAUCUAUUAACUCAAAGUGAAGAAUGGAUAUUAAAUAAAAAAGUAAGUAAACUCUCUCUAGUAAUAUUAAAUGUAGCCAAUAAAGAAAUUUUGGAAUGUUGGGAUUUCAACGUCCAAUAUGAAGAAGGUGAUGUAGCAUUAUCUAAGGAAAAAAAUGAGACUGUUGGUAGUAAAGAUUUGAAGAAAAUACAACAGGAAAUAAGAGAUGUUAUGUUGCAAGUUGCGGCUACAAUAUCUUAUUUACCUUUCCUAGAUUGUAGAUGUUCAUUUGAUGUUCUAGUACAUGCUAAGACGGACUGUGACAUACCAGAGAAAUGGGCAGAAGCCGAGCCUGUUGCUAUAGUUAAUGCUCAAAAUGUACAAUUAAAAACAUUUUCAACAAGUCUACAUAAAAUGGAAACAGUAGUUAGUUAUAAACUUGUUGAUUAGAAUGUAGUCUGUGUAAUAUAGUACAUAAGAUUUUGUAAUUUUAUUUAGUAGUUUUUUUAAAUAAGCGUUAGUUUCAAAUAAUCAAAAAUUUUAACUUUUGAUUAAAAUAAUUUAAAUAAAUUUCACAGGCAGUAUGAAUACUAAAUAUAAUAAUGAUAUGUAUCUUAUUAUAGUGUUAUGAUGCAUAAGGAAUUCUACUUGUAACACCUCUUGAUGCUCGAGGUGCGAAUUAUGUUAUGAAUUCCAAAGUAUUGCCACAUAAUCUGUAGUGACUACCACAGAGCUCCAAGCAAAAAUAUAUGUAGAUUCUAGACACUAUAUGUCAGAUUCUUAAUGAAUGUAAAGUUAGAAAGGAACCUUUACAAAACAGAAGUUUUAUAUUUAUUUCAUGUUCUGAUGUUUGGAUAGACAGAUGUUAUGAUACUCUAAUCACGGCAGAACAGCUGAAAGGAUCUGAAUGAAAUUUAUAUUAUAUGAUAUAAAUAGAUUAUAGUCUGGAAUAAAACAUAGGUUAAUUUUUACCUAUAAUAAUGGCAACCCCAACACCUUUCUCAGAUCCGGGCCGAAACUAGUAUUAUUUUAUAAGCUUAUUCGAUAAUUCGAAUCUAAAUUAUACACUUAUUCAAUAUACUUAAUUAUGUGGAUAUGUGGCAUAAUUCGCCCUUUGUGCGCGACGAAUUUAAUAAAU